AUGGAGGCACCAGGUCACGUGGAGGCACCAGGUCACGUGGAGGCACCAGAUCACAUGGAGGCACCAGGUCACACGAAGGCACCAGGUCAUACGGGGGCCCCAGGUCACACGGAGGCAUCAGGUCACGUGGAGGCACCAGGUCACACGGAGGCACCAGGUCACACGGAGGCACCAGGUCACACGGAGGCACCAGGUCACACGGAGGCACCAGGUUACGUGGGGGCACCAGGUCACGUGGAGGCACCAGGUCACACGAAGGCACCAGGUCACGUGGAGGCACCAGGUCACGUGGAGGCACCAGGUCACACGGAGGCACCAGGUCACGUGAAGGCACCAGGUCACACGGAAGCACCAGGUCACACGGAAGCAGCAAGUCACGUGGAGGCACCAGGUCACACGGAGGCACCAGGUGCCGUUGGUGUCCCCAUGCAGGAUGUUACGGUAUCGACACCAUUCUAUUACACUCUACGACACCAUCGACACUCUACGCUCCGACACUCUAGUCGGAGCGUAGAGUGGCAAUGUUUAUAUGCCAUUUGUGGCAACACCAUCCUGCCAACUGUGCCAUUUGUGGCAACACCAUCCUGCCAACUGUGCCAUUUGUGGCAACACCAUCCCGCCAACUGUGCCAUCUGUGGCAAUACCAUCCUGCCAACUGUGCCAUCUGUGGCAAUACCAUCCUGCCAACUGUGCCAUCUGUGGCAACACCGUCCUGCCAACUGUGCCAUCUGCGGCAACACCGUCCUGCCAACUGUGCCAUCUGUGGCAACACCGUCCCGCCAACUGUGCCAUCUGCGGCAACACCAUCCUGCCAACUGUGCCAUCUGUGGCAACACCAUCCCGCCAACUGUGCCAUCUGUGGCAACACCAUCCCGCCAACUGUGCCAUCUGUGGCAACACCAUCCUGCCAACUGUGCCAUCUGUGGCAACACCAUCCUGCCAACUGUGCCAUCUGUGGCAACACCAUCCUGCCAACUGUGCCAUCUGUGGCAACACCAUCCUGCCAACUGUGCCAUCUGUGGCAACACCAUCCCGCCAACUGUGCCAUCUGUGGCAACACCAUCCUGCCAACUGUGCCAUCUGUGGCAACACCAUCCUGCCAACUGUGCCAUCUGUGGCAACACCAUCCUGCCAACUGUGCCAUCUGUGGCAACACCAUCCCGCCAACUGUGCCAUCUGUGGCAACACCAUCCCGCCAACUGUGCCAUCUGUGGCAACACCAUCCCGCCAACUGUGCCAUCUGUGGCAACACCAUCCCGCCAACUGUGCCAUCUGUGGCAACACCAUCCCGCCAACUGUGCCAUCUGUGGCAACACCGUCCCGCCAACUGUGCCAUCUGUGGCAACACCAUCCCGCCAACUGUGCCAUCUGUGGCAACACCAUCCCGCCAACUGUGUCAUCUGUGGCAACACCAUCCCGCCAACUGUGCCAUCUGUGGCAACACCAUCCCGCCAACUGUGCCAUCUGUGGCAACACCAUCCCGCCAACUGUGCCAUCUGUGGCAACACCAUCCCGCCAACUGUGCCAUCUGUGGCAACACCAUCCCGCCAACUGUGCCAUCUGUGGCAACACCAUCCCGCCAACUGUGCCAUCUGUGGCAACACCAUCCCGCCAACUGUGCCAUCUGUGGCAACACCGUCCCGCCAACUGUGCCAUCUGUGGCAACACCAUCCUGCCAACUGUGCCAUCUGUGGCAACACCAUCCCGCCAACUGUGCCAUCUGUGGCAACACCAUCCCGCCAACUGUGCCAUCUGUGGCAACACCAUCCCGCCAACUGUGCCAUCUGUGGCAACACCAUCCCGCCAACUGUGCCAUCUGUGGCAACACCAUCCCGCCAACUGUGCCAUCUGUGGCAACACCGUCCCGCCAACUGUGCCAUCUGUGGCAACACCAUCCUGCCAACUGUGCCAUCUGUGCCCACCUCCACAUCACCAGCCCACCUCUACAUCACCAGCCCACCUCCACAUCCCCAGCCCACCUCCACAUCCCCAGCCCACCUCUACAUCACCAGCCCACCUCCACAUCCCCAGCCCACCUCUACAUCACCAGCCCACCUCCACAUCCCCAGCCCACCUCCACAUCACCAGCCCACCUCUACAUCACCAGCCCACCUCCACAUCACCAGCCCACCUCCACAUCACCAGCCCACGUCUACAUCCCCAGCCCACCUCUACAUCACCAGCCCACCUCCACAUCACCAGCCCACCUCCACAUCACCAGCCCACCUCCACAUCACCAGCCCACCUCUACAUCACCAGCCCACCUCUACAUCACCAGCCCACCUCCACAUCACCAGCCCCCUGUACAUCACCAGCCCACCUCUACAUCACCAGCCCACCUCCACAUCACCAGCCCACCUCAACAUCACCAGCCCACCUCCACAUCACCAGCCCACCUCCACAUCACCAGCCCACCUCUACAUCACCAGCCCACCUCCACAUCACCAGCCCACCUCCACAUCACCAGCCCACCUCCACAACACCAGCCCACCUCAACAUCACCAGCCCACCUCCACAUCACCAGCCCACCUCCACAUCACCAGCCCACCUCCACAUCACCAGCCCACCUCCACAACACCACUAAUAAUUAAUAUAAAAAUUGAGGAGGAAUGCAGAAAGUUAAAGGAAGACUUUGACAAACUUCCGGAGUGUGCAAAUAAAUGGUUGUUAGAAUUCAGUCGCAACAAGUGUAAAGUAAUGAAGAUGGGAGAGGGAGACUAA